AUGAAACGUAAAAGGGAACCUACCUUCACAAACAACGAGAAACGAAAUCUCAUAUUAUUAGUUGAAAAACACUUUGAAAUUAUUGAAUGCAAAAAGACAGACGCACUUUCCAGCAGAGCAAAACAUAAUGAGUGGCUCUUGAUCGCCAACCAGUUUAACUCAAUCACCGAUCAUAUUCCUCGAGAUGCGUCUUCACUAAAGACUUUGUGGGACAACUUGAAGAAAAAGGCCAAACAGUCAAUGACUGUUAUCAAUAGCAACCGCUAUGCCACAGGAGGUGGACCAUCUAAUGAGCCGAAAGAGGACUCAAAUAUCGACAAAGUCAUUUCAUUAAUUAAGACAAAUGUUGAAGGAUUCUCCAACAUCUAUGAUUCCGACGUUGCAUUGUUAGAUAACAAUGAAGAUUGUGAUGAAUCCCUAAACCUUCCUAUUUCCGAAGUAGAUUUGGACAACCACGUCAAUAAAGAGCACGAUCACAAUAAGGAGUCCGCUGCUGAGGUACCUAUAAAUGGUGAUUGGACAAACUAUACGCCAGCCCUUCUAAGAACUCCUAGAGCAAAGGUGCUCGUAGAAAAUUUUGACUAUCAAAUAGUAGAGGAAGCAGGUGAAGAAGUGAGUUCCAGUCCUUCAUCUGCCACUACAAAGACUGAAAGGCCGCAAAAGAUGGAAAAACUCGAAAACAAACCCCCGUUAAAGUCAACAAUAAGGUCAUCUAGACACAUGACCAACCGAAGAAGGCCAGUGUUGAAAGAAAGUGAAGCCGUUGUUCUUGCCACGACCAAAAUAGAAACACUAAAAUCGACGGUAGAACAGGCUAAACAACAACAUGAAGUUGUUAUGCGUUGCCUAUUGCUUCAGGAAGAACAAGAAAAGGAAAAACUGAAACAGGAACAAGAAAAAACGGAACAAGAAGUAAUAAGAAAGAAAAUACUUUUGGUGGAGUUGGAAAAAAUCACAAACAAUUCUUUUCCCAACGAAAUGUAA